AUGUUGAAGUUUAUUUGUUUAGUUGCCCUUGUGGCUCUGGCCUCUGCCGCACCCCCAUCCAGACCGAGCUUCCAACCGUCACAGCUCCAGGGAACAAAACUUGUCUCUUCCGGUUUUGCUCGCAUAGCCAGGAAUGCAGACCCAACAAACGGUCCAGUGGCCACCGAUGAUGCCAACGCUCCGAAGACGGCUAUCGAUGCCGGUGAAAAGGACGACAUGGAUAAGGCAGAAACCUUUGGAUAUGGAUAUUACCAUCAUUAUCCUUCCUACGGCUACGGAUAUGGCGGCUACGGUGGAUAUGGUGGAUACGGAGGAUACAGCGCAUACAGUGCACCAUACGGCUAUGGAGGCUAUGGUGGAUAUGGCGGUUAUGGCGGAUACGGAUCAUACCCGUACUCCUACGGCUACGGAGGAUACCCAUCCAGCUACGGCUAUGGAAGUUACUUGUACUGA